GCAGCACAUCCACGCCGAGGGAUCGGACACAAGCGUAGCACAUCCAUCCCUCGUUCUCCGGAGGUGCUGCAAGUUGAUCACCCACACGGGUCGCGAGUAUGCCAGUGGUGCUGUCGUCUCGCUGGGGGAUAGAACCGGUGGCUGUUGGCACCGCCUGCACCGACGAUGGUCCUUUGCCGCUUCCCUUCGAAACGUCCGCAACAACGGCAGCAGGAGAGGUGGGGACACGGCAAGAUUAUUGCUGUGAUGACCGUGGUAUUGGUGAGGACGGAGAUGAAGAAGACAUGGAGCUCACGGGCAGAACGCUGUGGGACUGUACCCAAGUGCUGUGGGAUUUAGUCGCAGACCCCCGCAAGGACAACAUGUUCACGGUCAGAGACAAGCGCGUGAUCGAGCUCGGCGGAGGCACGGGAGCCCUGUCCGUGGGCCUAGCGCGGUCUGGGGCUGCGUCGGUUACUUGCACGGACCUCCCGUGCCAUCUAGUACGCAUACGAUCGACGGUGCUCGCCAACGCUCGAACGAGCACCAGCUGUCGCCGAGGUGUUCCAGCCAGUGACGUUGAUGUUGGUGGAGACUGUGGCGGCGUUGUAGCGGGAACAGUGAACCGUGGGAGCGACCUGCCAGCGGCGACAGGAGUACCGACAGCAGCCACGCGAGAGGCUAGAGUUUGCGUGGUAGCCCUGCGGUGGGGUGAAGCGGAAGACAUCGCGAACGCACGGGCAUCACCGUGCAACAACCAUAGCGGUGAAGGCAGAAGAUGUAGCAGCAGCAGUGGCGGUGGCGGCGCAAGCGAUGACGAGUCUUGGGCGUUCGACGUGAUCGUGCUCAGCGAGGUGCUGUACUGGCCCGCGCUGGACCUGCUGCAGGAGGACACGAGAGAGCCUUUGCGGCGCACUCUGGUGGGACUCUCCAAGCCCGGGACAAAGGUCAUCCUGAUCUACAAGGAGAGGUGGCCAGAGCGAGAGGCGGAGUUUCUAAGGUCGUGCGAGGCGUCUUUUGAAGUGGGGGACAUCCCGGCGGACCUUUUGGCUAUGCCGACGGCCUCCACAGAGGACCCUGGUUCCGCGGCGAUCAGGGCGGUGGUUAUGGUUCGCCUGCCGCUACAGAGAGAUGAGCAAUGA